AUGCUUUUUAACUUGGCAGUGCACAUUAAGGAGCAGACAGAAGAUAUGCAGCAUUCUGACUGUCAGAUGGAGACACAGUGUGUGGAUCAAAUUAAAGAGGAGUCCUCAUGCUCGCAUGAGGAGUGCAGCAUGAGUAAGGCAGUGAUGCUGGCCAGCCUGUACACCAACCACAAGCCUUUAUGUUUGGACAGCACAGGCUAUGGUGUAAGCGAGGCAGAAAAGCUAGCUGAUGAGCUAAAGGAGGAGGCCCUGUCAGACGGCAUGGAGUGCGGCAUGACUGGCAUGAGCGAGUCGACCAUGCUGGCCGGUGCGGAUACUGAUCAUGAUGUAAAGGAUGGGCUUGUGCUGGGAUCAGAGCGUGUGAAGGAAGAGCCUUCAUUGUCAGAGAGCGUAGAGUAUGGAAUGAGUGAGGCGGCCAUGCUGGCAGACCUAUAUGCUGACCACGUCGUAAAGGAUGAGUUAGUGCUGGGGCCGGAGCAUCCACAUCGGCCAGAUGUAUCUCUGGUAGUCCUCGACUGGGCGCUAGCUGACGAGGAUGGUUGCCUGCAGGAGUCUCAGGAGCACACCUCACAGCCGGCACUGAAGGACUGCUGCGUAAGGCUCGAGCGCCUCCACCACGAGGCCCCUGCUGAGCACAUCAUACAAGACACCACUCACACUGACAGUAAACCUUAUACUGAAGAUAAAAUUUACACUAAAAUUGACUGUGAGAGAGUGACUGAACCGGUGUGUGAUCUUUGUGGCAAGAAGUUUUCUCUAAAGUCUGAUUUAUUGAAGCAUGUCAUGACACACAUUCACACGUCUAGUGUGGAGCAAGAAGGCAGCCGGCCUGUUGUCGCUGACUAUGUAUUUGAAGAAAAGCCGUUACAGGAGCGCGUCCUUAGUCGAGACUCUCCGCUCGCGCUCCGAGACUGCUGCGUGCGGCUUGAACACCUCCAACACCACGAGGCGCUCGCCGGCAACGAAACAACACAUACUGACACGGAAUCUGAUACUGAAAACAUAUAUGCUAGAGACUGUAUCAUUAACAAUCAAAAACAUUUCGCCGCAAAUAUGACUUGA